AUGACUCCCCGUAGACGAACUCACCUCAAGGCCAUAAUCCUUGGUGAUAGCAGAGUGGGGAAGACCUCUUUGGUGAAUCAGUAUCCUAAACUCUUUGGUUUUCUAGAUAUGAUAUCAUCACAUAUUUUUGGACUCUACUUUUGUAACCAGUACAAGUCCACCAUUGGAGCUGAUUUCUUUACUAAGGAAGUGUAUUAUGAAGACCGGAUUUUCACUUUGCAGAUAUGGGACACCGCUGGUGAGGAAAGGUUUCAGAGCCUUGGUGUAGCUCUUUAUCGCGGUGCUGAUUGCUGUGUACUUGUCUAUGAUGUCAAUUCCUCUAAAUCAUUUGAGGAUCUCAAUAAUUGGAAGGAAGAGUUUCUGAUCCAGGCAAGUCCAUCGGAUCCAGACAACUUUCCCUUUGUUGUAAUUGGUAAUAAAAUCAAUGUGGAUGGUGGAAACAGUCGGGUGGUCUCAGAGAAGAAAGCUCGAGCUUGGUGUGCAUCAAAAGGAAAAUUUCCAUACUAUGAAACCUCUGUCAAAGAAUGCAGCAAUGUAGAAGACACAUUCCUUUGUAUCACCAAGGAUGCAAUGAAGAGUGGCGGAGAGGAAGAAAUGUAG